UUGUUUUUCCUGCUGGUCCUGAGGUUACCCUUCAAAGGAUCUUUGUUCUGCUGCAUCACAGGGGGUGUGUGUUCAAGGUCACCGCUGGUCAUGUCGGAUAACGAGGAGGUAGUGGAGGAGUAUGAAGAGGAGGUGGAAGAGGAGGAAGAGGAGGUAGAGGAGGACCAGGCAGAAGAGGAGGUGGAGGAGGACGAAGACAAAGCCGCUGAAGAAGAGGAGGAGGAGGCCGCUGAAGAAGAAGACGGCGAUGGGGAAGCAGACGAAGAAGAAGAAGAAAGCAAGCCAAAGUUCAAGCCAUUUAUGAUGCCGAAUCUCAUCCCGCCCAAGAUUCCAGAUGGCGAGAAGGUUGAUUUUGACGACAUCCAUCGCAAACGGAUGGAGAAGGACCUGAUGGAGCUUCAAACUUUGAUUGAGGUUCAUUUUGAGAGCAGAAAGAAGGAAGAAGAAGACAUCAUUCAUCUUAAGGAGAGGAUAGAGAAGCGCCGCUCUGAGCGAGCCGAGCAGCACCGAAUCCGAAGCGAGCGAGAGAAGGAGCGACAGAAACGUUUGGAGGACGAGCGCACGCGCAAAGAAGAGGAAGAGGCCAAGAAAAGAGCCGAGGAGGAUGCCAAGAAGAAGAAAACCCUGACCAGUCUGCACUUUGGAGGCUACAUGCAGAAACUGACGGAGAAGCGCAGCGGCAAGAAGCAGACAGAGAGAGAGAAGAAAAAGAAGAUCCUAAACGAUAGACGCAAGUCUCUGGAUAUUGAAAAUUUGAAUCAGGAGCAACUCAAAACGAAAGCUAAGGAGCUGUGGGAGUGGAUGAAAGAGCUGGAAGCUGAGAAGUUUGAGCUGCAAUACCAGAUCACCAGCAAAAAAUAUGAGAUCAAUGUACUACGGAACCGCGUCAGUGACCACCAAAAAACGUCCAAGAGGACCAAGAGAGGGCUGAGGAAAUAGAUCAAGUGAUAAGUUGGAAGCAAUCUUGCAGCAAAGCAAACGUCACUGCCAACUCAUUCCAGAAAAACAGCCAUCACCGGCUGAAUCACUAUUUACUGGAUUUAUGGAUGUGAAAUAAAGACAUUUCGUUUGGCCAAAGCGCUUUUUUUCUUGA